AACCGGCGUGGGCGGGGCCGGCGGCGCAGGGGUUAAUGGCAGUCCCGCCCCGCGCUCUGACUCAGUUUCACCAGAAACUUGAAAGGGGGGAAGGAGGCAGCCAAUCUUCCGCGCACCCAGAACCGGGCGGAAGCCGGGCGGGGUCUUCGGCGGUCCCACCCCAUUCACCUGCGCAGGUCACAAGCACCCUCGGAACCCAGAGGCCCGCACUGUGAAGGUGACCCCCGCCUUGGGGAGGAGGGCGACAGCCCCGGGGAGCACGAUGGCGGGCCGCCGCCUGGCGCAGGCCAGCAUCUCUACGGUCGGCGUAUGGCUCCUUUGCGCGCUUGGCCUCCAGGGCACUGAGACCGAGCUGCCGUCCGCACCCCCUGAGCUUCCCGGGGGAGCUGCCUGCUUGAGCCGCUUUACCAGCGGGGUGCCGGCUUUUGUGCUGGACACCGAAGCUUCAGUCAGUAACGGGGCCACCUUCCUGGGUUCCCCGACGGUGCGCCGCGGCUGGGACUGCGUGCGUGCCUGCUGCACCACUCAGAACUGCAACCUGGCGCUGGUGGAGCUGCAGCCAGACGGCGGCGAGGACGCCAUCGCUGCCUGCUUCCUCAUGAACUGCCUGUACGAGCAGAACUUCGUGUGCAAGUUCGCUCCGAAGGAGGGCUUCAUCAACUAUCUUACCCAGGAGCUUUACCACUCCUACCGCGAGCUGCGGACUCGAGGCUUUGGAGGGUCCCGGAUCCCUCGAAUCUGGAUGGGCAUAGACUUGAAGGUCCAGCUGCAGAAACCCCUGGUACUGAGAGAGGCAGACAACACAGACUGGCAUCUACUGCAAGGUGACAACGAUGUCAGAGUAGAGAGACACCAUCCAGAAGAAGUGGAGCUAUGGGGACUUAAGGAGGGAACCUAUCUAUUCCAACUGACAAGAACUGACUCAGACCAGCUAGAGGAAACAGCCAACCUGACGAUCACUGUGCUAACUGCCAAGCAGACAGAAGAUUAUUGCCUCGCAUCCUACAAGGUGGGCCGCUGCCGGGGCUCCUUCCCACGCUGGUACUACGACCCCAAGGAACAGAUCUGCAAAAGUUUCACUUAUGGAGGUUGCCUGGGCAACAAGAACAACUACCUUCGUGAGGAAGAGUGCAUGCUAGCCUGCAAGGAUGUGCAAGGAAUCUCACCUGAAAGGCACCAUCCAGUGUGCUCUGGCAGCUGCCAUGCCACCCAGUUCCGCUGUAGCAAUGGCUGCUGUAUCGAUGGCUUCCUGGAGUGUGAUGACACGCCAGACUGCCCUGAUGGCUCCGAUGAAGCCACCUGUGAAAAAUACACCAGCGGCUUUGAUGAGCUUCAGAGUAUCCACUUCCUCAGUGAUAAAGGAUACUGUGCAGAGCUGCCAGACACUGGGUUUUGCAAGGAGAACAUACCACGCUGGUAUUACAACCCAUUCAGUGAACGCUGUGCCCGCUUCACCUAUGGUGGUUGCUAUGGGAACAAGAACAACUUUGAGGACGAACAGCAGUGUCUUGAGUCCUGCCGAGGCAUCUCCAAGAAGGAUGUGUUUGGUCUUCGGAGGGAAAGCUCCAUUCCCACUGUAGGCUCCGUGGAGGUAACCAUUGUUGUAUUACUGGUCAUCUGUAUUAUAGUGGUCUUGGCCAUCCUGGGCUACUGUUUCUUCAAGAACCAAAGAAAGAACUUCCACAGUCCCCUGCACCAGCCACCUCCCACACCAGCUAGCUCCACUGUUUCUACUGCUGAGGACACGGAGCACCUGGUCUAUAAUCACACAACACAGCCUCUCUGAGCCUGGGACUCUUGCCCGUCUCACCAGGUCCUGCUUGCCAAGACAGAAGCUAGAACCUGGGAAAGCCUGGGACCAGACUCUUCCUACCUCUUUCCUGGGCAUACUUACUGUCUCAGAAGACAGAUCUCUGGGCCUCUUGAAGGAGUCUCAGCUGUACUCAGGCCAAUUCUGGAGAAGGCCCAAGAGUCUGGGAGGAGCAGAACAGCCUUGAGCCAGGAAUACUGUACAUAGAAGGACCUGCUUAUCCAAGAGCCAGAGGAAGUUGGUGUUUUGUGUCUUUUUUUAAAGCUGUCCAUUCCCAUCCAAUGACGCUAGGACCGUGAGUGGUGUCAGAGGCCAGAAGCCACACACUGCCUUCCACAACUGUCCCUCUACUCUGUACAGGCCAGCCCUGAAGGAUGUGUCUUUGUAGUUUGUGCUGUAAAUAAUUGCUUUUGGGGCCCCAGGGUCACUGCUCAGUGGUAGAGCAUGUAUGGUCACCCUGAGUGCUCUACACAGCACCUCAAAUUACAUUAAAUUAAAAAAUAAAGUGUUGUGUUUUGUUGA